UGCAUCAGGCUAGAUUUGCAGUAAUCUAAUCACGGAUUUACGAAUGCGAGUUCGAGCACUGCUUCACUUACGUAUUUAAAUUUGUCUGAGAUUCCAUCCGGUGCACAACUUUGUUUUCCGAUUUCUAACAUUUCAUUGAUUCAGUUUUCAUGAAUUACAUUUUCCAAGCAGUUUAUGCAUAGAUCGCUCUUGUUUCUUGUGCGACAUUAUUCUGGAAAACAACUGAAGCGAGCCAGAAUGCCUGCAGUAGACGGCGUCCAGCAAGUUGCAGAAGGCCUAAACGGAUGCGGCCUUGAGGAUGGAAAACCUCAAGACGUUGCCCGUGGCUCUGGAGAUGCAAAGGCGAAGAAAGCGAAAGAACCGAAACAGCCUUCAAGCAAAGUAGAACUGGAUCCGUGGCCUACUUAUAUUAAUGAACGGAUUAAAUUGUGGGACAAGCUGAAGGCCGACUAUGAUGUCGAGUUGGCGAAAAAGGUUCCCCAGCACAUCCAAAUCACAUUGCCUGAUGGAAAAGUCGUAGAAGGGCAGUCAUGGCGCACUACUCCUUAUGAAAUCGCACAGGGAAUCAGUCAGGGACUCGCUGAUAAUGCAGUUAUCAGUAAAGUUGAUGGCGAAUUAUGGGAUCUCGAUCGGCCUCUGGAGGGGAGCUGCAAAGUGGAGCUCUUGAAGUUUGAUAGUGAAGAUGGGCAGCAAGUCUUUUGGCACAGCAGUGCCCACAUCUUGGGAGAAGCUAUGGAGCGUCAUUACGGAGGAUGUCUUUGUUACGGUCCACCCAUCGAAAAUGGAUUUUAUUAUGAUAUGUUCCUUGAAGAUCGGGCAGUGUCUAGUGUUGACUUUCCAAAUUUGGAUACUAUCGUUAAGCAGAUUGUUAAAGAAAAGCAGCCUUUCGAGCGACUGGAAAUGAAAAAAGAGGAUUUACUGGAGAUGUUCAAAUAUAAUCCCUUCAAGGUGCGAAUUCUCAACGAGAAGAUCGACACCCCGACCACUACUGCAUAUCGCUGUGGUCCACUAAUUGAUUUAUGCCGCGGUCCGCAUGUUCGUCACACCGGGAAAGUGAAAGCCAUGCAAAUCACCAAGAAUUCAGCGACCUACUGGGAAGGGAAAGCCGAUGCUGAGAGUCUGAAUCGCAUAUACGGCAUAUCAUUUCCGGAUAGUAAACAACUGAAAGAAUGGCAACAUUUCCAGGAAGAAGCUGCCAAGAGAGAUCACCGGAAAUUAGGGAAGGAACAGGAACUGUUCUUCUUCCAUGAACUGAGUCCAGGAAGCUGUUUUUUUCAUCCACGUGGAGCGCACAUUUACAACGCUUUGGUCGAAUGGAUUCGAUCAGAGUAUAAGAAGCGGGGUUUCCAGGAAGUGAUAUCUCCCAAUGUUUAUAAUAGUAAACUAUGGGAAACAUCUGGUCAUUGGCAGCACUAUGCAGAAAAUAUGUUCCAGUUCGAAGUGGAGAAAGAGAAAUUCGCUCUGAAGCCGAUGAACUGUCCUGGUCAUUGCCUUAUCUUUUCGCAUCGACCGCGGUCCUGGAGAGAACUGCCGCUGCGUAUGGCAGACUUCGGUGUUCUGCACCGUAAUGAAUUAUCGGGCACUUUGACCGGUUUGACUCGAGUCCGACGUUUCCAGCAAGAUGAUGCUCAUAUCUUCUGUGCAAUGGAGCAAGUUGAACAGGAGAUUGGGGGCGCUUUGGACUUCUUAAAGCACGUCUACACCAUCUUUGGCUUUACUUUUAGUCUCAAGUUGUCAACUCGGCCAGAGAAAUUCCUCGGCGAGCGAGCGGUGUGGGAUGAAGCCGAGAAGCAAUUGGAAAAAUGUCUAAAUGCAUUCGGUCAACCCUGGCAGCUGAAUCCCGGUGAUGGUGCAUUCUACGGUCCGAAGAUCGACAUUACCAUUAUGGAUGCUUUACGCCGGCAUCAUCAGUGCGCUACCAUUCAGCUUGACUUUCAGUUACCUAUCCGGUUUGAUCUAAACUAUAAUUCGCACGAUGGAGGAAUGAAACGGCCAGUGAUUAUUCAUCGCGCGGUGUUGGGAUCAUUAGAGCGCAUGAUUGCCAUCCUGACUGAGAGUUUCGGAGGAAAAUGGCCAUUCUGGAUUUCACCUAUGCAGUCAACCGUCAUACCUGUUGCUCCGCCGUUUGAAGAGUACGCACUGAAAGUCAAGCAAAGUAUCCACGACGCAGGAUUUGUGUGUGACUAUGAUUACGAUACUGGUACCACUAUGAACAAGAAAAUCAGAAAUGCUCAGCUAGAGCAGUACAAUUUUAUCCUCGUCGUCGGAGAAAAAGAACAGGAAAAUGGGACAGUAAAUGUGCGCACCCGGGACAAUGUGGUACACGGCGAAUUCAAAAUAGAAGAUGUUGUUGAGCGCUUCAAGAAACUGAAGGAGAGUAAAACUAGCAAAGCUGAUGAGUUUUGAGCUAAUGCUAAUGAAUUUUUGUAAUCAUUUACGGUGGUAACAACAGCGUUUUUGUCGUUUGCCGGUUCUGCUAUUGGAUCUUUUGGAUCAUGUUUCUGUUAACGUAAAUUAAGUACUGUUUUUGGCCAUAUUAAAUCAUUUAGCUCGUGGCAAAAAGAAUUGUUAUUUGCGAAUAUGAGGUACGGUCUUUUGGAAUGUCUAAUAAAGCAAGGGAAAUUC